GGGUAUCUCUGAUGAGGUGGGAUCCAUGUAUUCAACCGCUGUUGGUUCAUGGGGUGUUCUUUAACUCGGUCAAACUCUAUCUGCUUGCGGCAUUUUGCACUUCCUUGGCACGUCGUAUGACAACCAGCCAGAUCCACAUAAUAGAUAGAAACUUAAAAGGAAAGAUCAUAUACCACUAGGAGAGGAAUACACCUAGGUG